UGUGUGUGUCUGUGUGUGGCAUUCAAGUGCUGUGGCACUGUACUGUAUUCCUAGCUUACUGCACAGAUGCUUGUUAGAUAGUAUUUGAUUAAAAGCCCCCACUUACUCCACAACCAUGAUGGAUGUUCUGUUCUCCCUCCAUCAGACUGAUCCACCAUUAGCAUAGCUCCACACACAGGGGGCUAAUACCUGCCAUCAGUACAGCCUAUUACUCUGCAUGGCCCAUGCAUGAACCCAUAGCGCAGCUAGCGCUCGUGCACAUUAACACACACAUGAACCCAGCGAUACACGCUAGGCUUAACCGCAUUAUAUGGACAGAGACACUUAUCCAGUAAUGGAGUGUCUUUAUUGGUUAACUCCUGGAAUGGCCCUCCGAGAAUGGCCCCAUCAUCCAGUUUAAUGCCUUAUCGCCACAUAGGAGCUGGUUCUUCUGUACUGAACAUGUGGAGUCAUCUGUCACGGUUCACAUACUGUUCAGCACAGGGGCUUUGAUGGGCCGGCAGUCUCCUUCAUUAUCAUUACUCAGUUGGCACUCUUGCUUUGUAACAUCCUACACACAUUAACACGUACACACACACACACACGCAUACACACAAACACGCACACACACACACACACAAUACAUUCACAUCAUGGACCUCUGUGCAUGUUGGCUGUGAACCCUAUCAUGAAAGAUCUGCUUUAAUGUGCAACCUCCUCCAAAAGCUUCUUCCAUUGACUUUCCAUUGACUUGCCAUUUACUUUCUUGAUCAGGAAUCCAAUAAAGGGACUUAAGCCAGAGUUUCUAGGGGGUCUGAAAAGACUAGGAGGGAAGGUAUUAAUCAGUAGUAUGUCAACACUGAUGAAAUGCUAGUCACUCCUUUGAGCCUCUUCAGCACUGCAUUCCGCUACACAGUUCCUGGAACAGUUAUGAUGGCAAUAUAAUGGCUCAGAUGCAAUCUUUACGGGAAUGAAGGAUACGCUCAGGUCAGUGAUGAUGUAGUCCCAGGGGGAUAGAGAGGUUUGAUGUGCUGCCUGUUGAAGACAGCCCAAUAGGGAGAGCUUAGAGGAGUCAUCAGGACUCAUAAAGCUCUGGAUGAUUCACUGUUUUAACACUUCAGCAGUGUGUCCUCUCUAUUCCGCUAUAGUGAGUCCCAUCAGAACAGUAUUUCUCACAUUAUCAAAUUACUGAUUUGUAUUAUAUUAGAUGUGUUAUCAUGAAGGUGGGAAAGAUGCUCUGACUGAUGACUCAUAAUCCCUUUACCCUCCCACACGUAUCCACACACACACACACUCUCGCACACUCAUACACACACACUCUCCCACUCACACACACACACAAACCGUAGGUAAGUAAUGCAAUAUCCAGCAGGAGGGGUAACCUUGUCGUCUGAUUAUCAUACUGGCAGUGAGUAAUUCUUCCUGCGUAAUGAUGAGAACAUCCUGUCCAUCAGAGUCGACCCUCUCAUCCCCCAUCCAUCAUCCCCCAUCUCCUUUCAUAAUUCACCCUCCUCUUAUGUGGACACCCUGACCACAAUCUACCCUCUCUUAGUCACCCCACAUCCACAGAGCUCCUCUGUCUAUCUCCUCCUCUUGUGUGAGGCCUUUAUGUGUGUUUGAAACUCAGAGUGGACGACAUGCAGCACACACCGUUUCCACUCUUUCCUGAAACUAACAAAUGAAUAACCUUCUGUCACUUUUUUGGAUGGGUAUAAGAUUAAGUCUAAUCUCCCUAAAUAGGUGCGCCGCAAGGCAGAUGUGCCCAUACAAGUUUGGACUAAAGAAAGAUGCUACUCUACCCAGCAUAGGAGUAGGCCGGCCUCUCCCUGAAGAAAGGAAUCUCAUAGAAUUUUCAGGAAAACCUUGAACUUUAGUUUCUUAUCAAAUCCAAGCAUGAGAGGAAGUGUUAAAAGAGCUCAGCUGGCACUGUGGAUUUCAUCUCACUAUGACUCUGCACUAUGACCCCCCCCCCACCACCAUCCAGGCUCUUAUAUAAACACACCACCGUCACUCUCUCUCUUUCUUGCGCUCUCUCUUGAUCUUUUUGAAACGCCGGGAGAAGGAAUGGAGGAGCAGCAGCAGGAAGGGUGACAUCACCGUCACCCGCGGCAGCUAGGGCCUGCCGGGCCGGUGUGUGGGAGUCUCUGUCUCUGCAUGUCACUUCCUGGGAAAGAAUAGAACAGAAAGCGUAACGGCCAACACUGUUGCACCUUCACAAGUCUCCUCUCACAUGGGGGAGGGGGAGGAGAGAGAGAAAGAGAGCGGUAGAGAUGAAAUGUGUCUCUUACUUAUUCAUUCGUCCCACAGAGUGUUGUUGUGGUUAGGUUUGAGGUUGGCUUCUCUCUUUCCUCUCCCCUACCAUGCCACGGGCUGGUGCUGGUGGGUGACUACUUGUGGUGUGAUUUUUGAGAUGUUAUGCUGCCCCCUGGUGUCCAAAGGCAGGAUUGUAGAAAAGUGUCACGUGAUGAUACUGUUCCAUCCAACUGCGUCUCCGCUCUUUACACAAUGUACUGACAUACACUAUGCUAUAUGGCCAUUAUAGGUCAUCCAACACCCAGCCUUCAGACACCUGUGAUUGACUGUGAGAACCUCUGGGACCAACUGCUAUUAAGCUGUGUUGUCAUGGCGACGCCAUGGUUACGUAAGUGUUUUGGCCCGGUUCUCAUAAUCACGCAGCACAGAGCUCUAUGUGUCCCGGUCGUUUUUUCCGACACUGGACACCCCAGCUGCGAUCUGUUCAUCACUGUACAUUCCUCCACCUGAAUGUGAUAUGAUGAAGAUCAGGUGGGAUACACAGGUGUGUGUGCUGCCUGCCACGCCCUACGUGAAACACACGUGUGUGUGUGUGUGGUGGGUGGUCAUGAUGUCAUCGUCAACACUAGCCCCAUUGUAAAUAGAAGUAGGGUUUGGGGAGGUGCAGCAUGUGCCCUACCAUGUCCAUAGAUACCUGCAGGACAGUACAGUAAGCAGGACACAAUAAGGAAGCUAUUGUAAGGCUAUGAGUCAACCACUGUAAAACAGGUAAGAUAACAUGUCUAUUGUUUAGUGGCUCUGAGCGUAGUUGUUUUCGUCACUCAUGGAUGUGGAGUGUUUGCCCACACACACACUUACACACACACUUACACACACACACUCGGUGGUCAUGUGGUGUUUCUAUGUGGUUUUCCCAGGACCUUUGGCAGGCAGAGAGAUUGCUGAGCUCUGAGAACAACAGUUAGGUGGGUGGAUGAGUAACAUUGUGUUUGUGUUUGUUGGAUGAGUGCUCGAAUAGAAGACUAGUAGACUGGUUAGAUGACGUCACAACCAAAUAGUUGUUACGUAUUUCUUACAGUAAUUUAUUGUUGAUAGAUAAUGAUUGCUGUAAUGAAUUGUGCAUACAACAUUUUAAUAUUGUCCUAUACUGUCUAAUAUUGUAAUGUGUUAUGUUUUCUUUAUGUUGACGUGAAGAGAUGAGUAUCUAAAGAUAUUAUUUGUAUAACGUUACUGUAGUUAUUCUUCACAGCUCUACUGUUAAGAGUGGUAGUGUCUGAAGUGUGGAGGAUGAUGUCACACAUCAGCUGUCCUCAUAGCUGGGCUACCAUGGCAAUGACAUUCAUCAGAAGGACUUCCUCCAAAAGCAAAGCACUGUCACGAUCACUUUCUGUACUGACAGAUGACUUUAUACUGAUACUUACUGUGUUUGUGUGUUGGUAAGGUUAAUCAUAGAAAUGCUAAGCCAAAUGAGUGCACUGUCUUUGUAAAUCUACUUGUCAUCCACGUCACAACUGCUGCACAGAGUUUCUACUUGACAUUACUGCCAGAGAGAAAUAAGGAAAGUAUACUCCAAAAUCUUUGCUACUGCUGCUCAUCCACUGCAUUGUCCGGCAGGGAAAGUCUUCCCCCAGAGGCUGGUUUCACAUGGUGGUUUAGAUGAAUGUUCCCAGUGUCUAGCACCAUUUGAAAUCAGUGUUCUUGGGGACAGGAGAACAGCUCUAGGCCUCUGGGAGUGUCAGUGAGUCUAUUGGAACCAUCCUCUCUCUCUCUCUCCCCUUUAAAGGAUGACUGAUUUCCUCUGGUGUUUAGAGCCCCUUACAGCCUUCUAGCACCAUUUGAAAUCGGUUAUAAUGACUGGGGAUCAAUGCCUCAAUGUCUUCACGAUGUCUACAUGUCAAUUCUACAGUCAAGCAGAGAGGAAAUGAAUGGGAUGAAUGUUCAUAUUGAACGUGUCACAGGGUCUGCUCUACAGAUCCUGGAAUCGAAAUGAGUUGGACGGGAGCUAAUUUCCAGUGGGACAGUUUUUAAAGUUUCUUAUUGAAUAAAUGUUCAAUAAAACUGAAUUGAUAUUGCAUACUUAUCUUACUUUUUCCUGUGUGUACGUUAUUAUAUUUGUGUCCGUGGUUAUAAACAUGUGUGUGAACUAUAAAACCCUGCUCUGCUAUGCAUAAAACUCACUCAAUUCAAGUAACUUAUCAGAGCUCAAGAGAUCAUAACACAUUACCCUCACUGUUAUAUCUAGAAGCACUCAACACAAUCCAACACUUACUUUAUAACCUGAUAAUAGAAACAGGAAAGGCCUUUUAUUGCAGGACUUGUACCAGACACUGCACAGAACCACAGAAGAUAGCAUCUAGUAUGUACAGAAUUCAGGAAAGUUCCUGUUCUAUAAUGUGGAUGAAUGAGUUCCAAGGAAGCCUGAUGUUCUCAAUAAGAUUUUAAAGUUGUGGCAGUUUAUCUUAUCUCUGCUCAGUGUCCCUGUCGCCUGUGUUACCAUGUCACUCUCCGGGUCUGACAAAACAUGCAGUGCACAACUGGUAUCUAUUCAUAUAGUGUGUUAGGUGUAUAUAAAUGUGUUGUGGAUAGGGGGUUGCGUUGAUGGUGGUUAGCAUGGUAGUAUGAACAUGAUCAUGGAGUUGAACUUGGAGACCAUCCCAAAGAAUGAAGUUGAACUGGGAGAGGAAGAGGAGGAGGCGGAGGAAGAAAAAUAAGUGCCUCUCCACAUUCAAGGGCUACAGAGGUACAACUUUGACCAGAGGUCAUUCUGUGUACAUGAUUAUUAGCUGAGAUACUAGGUAAUUUAGAUCCUUCAACUCAUAUCAUUAUUUUAGAACCUGCCAUUAUUCCACUUUAGCGUACUGAGCUAUUUCCCUCAAAUCAAUGGGGUUUUAAUGGAGCCUAGUUGUCCUAGCAUCUCUCCCAUUGCCCUAGGCCUAGGGCACUGUAGUAGUUAUAUUUUCCUUUCACCUUGAUGGCCUUGUAUGACUCAAAUGUAAACAGACAUCAAUGCUCCCAGUGUGUUACCUAUCUCCUGACUGUAUGGGUGUUUCAACCCCCAUAUGUGAGCUUUUCACAGGUGGCUGGUGGUACAGGGAGGACAGGCUCAUUGUAAUUGCUGGAAUGGAAUGAAUGGUAUGAAACACAUCAAACAUGUGGUAUUAUGAGCCGUCCUACCCUCACCAGCCUCCUGUGGAGCCUGUAUUGGCUAGGUUGAAGACAAAAGAGGUAAGGACAAGUUGUAUUCAUGUGCGCAAGCUUUCAAAAUUAAACAGAUUCAUGUUUAUUCUAGUUGAUAACUAACAUCGCUGGUCUGUUUGUUUAGAAUUAUUCUGCAUUUAUGCAAAGAGUUAUGGGAUAUUAGAAAUCCUCCUAUCCUGGGUAUCUUCUACCUAGCAUGUUAUUGGUUCGAUGUCACAACAUACAACUUUGGGGGUGUUUCAGCAACAGUGCAAAGUUCUACAUUGCAGUCUACAGUACACUAUGACAUCACCCAAAGAACUGUAGAAUGCACUGUUGCACUCUAAAUAUGAUGGAACUGUGCCUUCACUUUAGCCUCUGAAUCACAAUGUCAGUAUUCUCAUUGUAGCAACUUGUUUUUGAAGCCUCCAUGCAGGCUAAAAAGUAUGGUUUGAUUUGAUAAAUUAUUAGAUGUUAUUAUAAUGCUUAUUGACUGCAAUAGAAAUUGGCUGUAGUGAGAUUAUCCAUGCAUUGACUUACAGGGCUUUAGGGAAUAAAGCUUUCCUCCAGCCAGUGAGCAAGGAUGAGAUUAUUGCUCCAAAGGCCCGUGAGAUCUAUCAGAAAGCAAAAGGCGUUUAAUGACAGACUGGAGUGUCAGAAGCUGCUGGAGGUUCAGGGGCAAGGGAAGUCUAGCCGCCAUAAGAAUCGAGUGGCGCUCAUGUUCAAGGCCUCGGAGGCCAACCUGGACAGGAGAACCCUGCUCAUAGCCAACAACCCCCUGCCCGACCUCCAUAACCUGAAGGAGGGUGACAGCCCCACCAAAUACCUGGCAGGCAACCCCCUCGCACCCGCCCCCGCCCUCACCAAGAGGCUUGAAGCCAUUCGGGGUCGUCAGAGUGGUUUGCUUCCUCUGAAACAUCCUCUUAAAUUGCCAUCUGGGACGAGAAGAGAGGGCAGCAAGCGGAGUAGCGGUGCUGGGAAAGAAGCUCAAUCAUGGGUGCGAACACGUCUCUGUGUGCAGUUCUCUGAGGAUAGGUCAACGGAUUCAGACAGGGACAACGGACAAGAAGGUGUUGCCCUAGAUCUGACCCAGAGCACUGAGGUCAAAGAUCAGUGCACUGAACUGUGUGAGCCCCUCACUCUCUCGGCCCUGCUGGAGACUGCAGUCACAGUAACAGCACCAGGACAGGGGGCGUUCCGCUAUGGACAGAUCGCCUACUGGAACGGGACCAGCAGCUGUGAACUGCCGCCAUGACUUCUGAAGCCUGGACCUUUCAAUGCAUGCAUGCAAUAGCUGUUUGACCUCUAUAUUUGGAGCUGUUUGCCAACUAUGUGUUGAAAUGUACCAAUAAAUCCUUUAUGGUUGAAAUUA